AUGCCAAUAUGUGACGCCAGCAAAUCCUCGGGCAAGAACAUCUUCCAGAAGAACGAAGACAAGGCAGUGUUGCCACAUGCUUCUCAACAGCAGGCCACGCCCGGCUCGCUGGCAAGUCAUGGUGCCAAUGAUGGCGAGGACAGAGCUCCACAGCAACUUGUGCCCUCAGAGUCUACUGUGUCUUGGGCAACGAGCGAAGAGAUCUUGCCAGAAGUCACGCCUCGACCUAUGUUUGCACGGCACAGCAGAGGGAAGACAAGGUUCAAAGGGCCAACGCACUGGUCGUUGUUAUCUUUCGAAUUCAAGGAAUUGGCUCCCUUCGUCUUUGGCAAAGAGCCGGAUUUCGAUCGUACAAACCAGGAACUUCGAGCCUUGAAACAAUUCUAUCCCAUCCGGGCAAACCGAAACUACCCCUUCCGAUCAAACUCAACCAUUCCUUGGACCAAAGAACGUAUUCGCUCAUUGUUGCCGCCUCGGGCCACGACUGACGCAUAUAUCGAGCUGUACCUCAACACCUAUGAGAAAACACACGGUAUGCUACACGUACCCAUGUUUCGGGAAGAGAUGAUGCUCUUCUGGCGCACACCUAGUGCACUUCCCUACGAGUGGCUAUCGCAGUUCCUAAUGAUGCUUGCUCUCGGGUGUCCGAGACACGAGAGACUUCGACGAUCACAACUCGUCGAGUCCUUUCUCGACGGCGCGGAGGCCUAUCUGAUGCAGUCGCCAUUCCAAGCCAAACCUAAUUUCACAUCGAUCCGUGCGAUGGCCAUGAUGGUGAUUGCCAAGCAGAUCGACAUUGUCGCAUUCGAUGACUCUGGCGCGGUGUGGUCGUUUCUGGGCCUCGUCGUCCGUCUGGCAAUGUGUUUAGGGUUCCACCGCGAUCCGCAAUGGUUCGAUUCCAUGUCACCACUCGAAGCAGAGACGAGGAAACGGAUCUGGACAACGCUGGUGUUUAUGGAUGUGCAGAACUCUCUGGAGACCGGCCUGCCUUUACUCCUGCAUCCGGAUGAUUACGACUCGCCAGCACCGGGGGACCAGCUGGACGGCCAAAACCUAGCAGAAGACAACAGUAACACUGCCACGGCAUCCCAGCACGCAGAUGAGGCCAAUGAUUCAGCCUUCCAGUCUAUCCUGAGCAAAUCGUUUCCGCACGUCUUGCAUAUCAUCCGCCUUGUUCAUCAACCGCUCAAUGACACGACUCGGCGCGUCGUGCUCGAGGCUGAAGCGAAGAUCCGAAACUUGCGCCAAAUAGCAGCUGACACGUACCCGAAGUACUCCUCGGACGACAAGACCGACACUCUGAUCCCGCCAUGGAGACAGCUACAGGGUAUUCUGUUGGAGAUCUACUUCCGACGAGUGUUGUUAGCUUUGCACCAACCUUACGUGAUGGCGCCGGACGCGGCCAAACGCUACCCAGAAUCGUGCUGGAGUGCGCUGGAAUCCGCGCUGGCCAUUCUCGUCCUUCAGCGGAGACUGUAUGGAGAAGCGGCCGAUCUGGUGUCGAUCGAAUGGUUUGCGGAGUUGUUCAAAGGCGAUUUCUUCGUCGCGGCGCUGUUUGUCGCUGUGGGCAUUCGACGCAAAAGCUUCGGUACGCAACAGAAAACCUCGUGUCCCGGCCGGUUAGCCGAGAUCGAUAUAGCCUCGCAAACUCUCGAGGCGUGCUUGGCCAUCUGGAGUUCCAAGGUUGGCUUGUCGGUCCAUCACUUCAAAGCACAUCUGUUUCUCGGGGUUGUGAUCGCCGCCACGAAGGCGUCCGAGGUCCCGCUGCAUCUGAGGAUCCAAGAGGCUGCAGCCGCAACCAUUGCCACAGUCAGAGCGACCAUGUUGCAGCACAAUGAAAACGACCCGGAACUCCAACCAGACAGAAGCUGGGACGUCGGAGCAAGAUUUGAUGUUGGUUUGAUGCAGGGAGGCGUCUUGCCAACCGAUCUGACUACGGGAGGACUUUCCGAUGUCAACGGCUUCCACGCGGAGGCGCCGAUGACGGACCAAUUCUUGUCAGAGCUAUUUGUCGACGACCCUCCGUUUGCAUGGUCUUUUGAUUGA